ACUUAUGAUUUACAUAAUUCACACACAGUAUAACAUUUAAUGUCUAUUGCCCACCGAAAGGGAAAGAUUUUUGAGAAAUCUCAGGAUUAUGCCAAGUCAAAUAUGCACUAGACCAGUUUACAUAUUUCAAAUUUGAUCCAAGCAGAUUUUGUGUAUAUAUUGGAUCCUUUGAAGUAUCUUUUCUUACAUCUUUUUUAACAGGCUAUCUCACUAUUUCUUUUGAUUUGUAUUACUAAAAACGAGUACUAUCUCAAUUCUCCACAAGAAUGGAGUCCUCCAAUGACACUCCGGUUUUUACCUUAAAAGUUGAUUUUGGAUGCUCAAUGGAAUGCCCAAGGGAUGUGAAGAACAUGUUGCAACAACUUAAGGGAGUGAAAUCUAUUUCCAUUGAUUCAAACCAAGGGAAGGUAAUAGUUGUAGGCCAUGUAAGUCCCGUGAUGCUAAUCAAGCUUCUUCAGAAGAUGGGAAGAAAGGCACAACUUUGGUCCUUUGACAAACCAACAAUGCACAACACCGGUGGCUUUUCUCCUAAGCAAAGACAGAAAUCACAAAAUUCUCAUUGUUGUUGUGAGAGUAGUGACUCCGGGGAAGAUUCCGAUACUGAUAUUUACAAUGGCCACAUAUCUUGUAAACACAAAGAUCACAGGGCUCGGCGGCAUGAUAAAAAGAGCAAGAAAAGGUGUAGCUGUAAACAUAACCUACGUUUUGCUGAUGAAUAUGCAGCACCACCAUCAUUUACAGGGUACCAACCACAACUGAUGCAAGGGUACCAACCAUACGCCGGAUAUCAACAACCGAUGCUAGGGUACCAACCAUACAUGGGAUACCAAUUACCAUUGCAGUUCCAAUCUGUGGCAUAUACAAGACCAGUCCCUAGCCAUGGUUACUAUAGGCAGGUUCAUCCUGUCCCAUCCAGUUAUUGGCAUCCACGAUAUGGCUCGAGGUUUUUGGCUAAACAGAAUCCCAUGUUCCACUGUACCAGUUAUGCAGACAACUACCACUAUCCUGUGUAGAUGCAAUAGUCAAAUACUCAUAUAUGCUAUAUGUAUGGUCAAGUCCAGGAAAUUAUUUAGACACUGCCAUUUCACUUUUCAUUCCUUGUUUUAUACUUUGAUGUAAUCUUGGUUUGAUAGAACAAGUUUUAUGUGCUGUUGCUUCUCAGUUCUCACUGAUGGAGUAGAUUUUAAACACAUCUUUAUUAUUUUUUU